AUGGUGCGUAUGGCCUUGAGUUAUGUUCAUGAAUGGAAAAAGGCAAAUAGCCAGAAUGCAGCUGGGGCGCAUGGUUCUGUUAUACCUAUGCAGACUGCUAAGUGGUGUCCUCCCCCUCCAGGAUAUUAUAAAAUCAAAAUUGAUGUGGCUAUGGACUUUGAUCACCACCUUAUGGGAUAUGGCUGGAUUGUUAGAGAUAGUGAAGGUGUGGUGAAGGGAACUGCGCUAUCUACGAUCGAGGGCAUCUAUUCUGUUAAGGAAGCUGAAGCCAUUGGGGCUCGUGAAGCGUUGAGUUGGAUAAAGAAGAAUGGAUGGUCUCGGAUCGUGCUUGAGACAGAUGCGAAGGUGGUGACUAGUGCUGUGAUCGUGGGUCAGAAUUACACUCCGUUUGGGGCCAUUAUUGAUGAAAUUCGCGAGCACUUGGAGCAUCUUCCGUUGGUUCGUUUUGUGUUUGUAAAGCGGGCGGCGAAUGUUCCGGCUCAUACUCUAGCGAAAUAUGCUUUAUCUUUUUCGGGGGAAGGGGUGCUUGAGUAUUUUGAUUUCAUUCCCCAUUUCGUUUCCUCCUCUGUUAGUGUGGACUUCUCUGGUUUGCAUGAUUAA